AUGGAGACCUUUAAUGAAUCCGCUAACGUCUUCUUGCCCUUGUUUCACCGUCAUUCAGGCCUUCCGCCGCAGACAGGUCCAUUCUGUCUUGCAGAUGAUUUCCCCACAACCGAUAUGUUUGAGCCUAGUUUCAACCUGCUUUCAUCCCUGGGCCGUCUUCCGCCUUCUAGAAAGUUUGACUUUGAAUCCCGUCGAGACGCCGUCUUGUCACCACCUCCUUCGGUUCUGGUGCAUUCGGCUCCGCCUGAAAACGGUCUUGUACGCACUACUCCUCCUCUUUUGCUGAUGCCCAUGCCUCAUCCUCAUCUACUACCGUUGCUCAACAACGGAAGCCCCCCAUUUUCUGGCGACCAUUCUGACAUUCGUCUUGCGUCUGGGUCCAUUCGGCAGGCCGGCCCAGCACCAGAGCCCCAGUCGAGACGCAGUACUCCGUCGCCCAAUCCAGCGGUAUCGGAAGCGGUGUCAUCUUCACUUGCCGGACUCAUGAUAGACGCAAAGCUCGAGUCUGCGCCUCGCCUUCUCUGCAACGGGCUGACCAGAAUCGAGUCGGACAGACAAGAUUUGGGCGACGUGAGGAUGCUGGCUCAGUCGCAUCAACAUCCGCUUCAUUAUGCAGCUCUGCCACUUCGUCGACGUGACACGACGGCUGUCAGACAUGGCAAGUCUUGUCCAACGAAGAAGCAGGAACUGGGAAAAGAGGAGCUGACGAGGGUGAAGACAGAGAUGGCUGAAAGUGCGGCAGUGUUGCGCGACACGUGCGAGUCUGGAGCAAAGUUACGGCAGUACGGACAACGCAUAGCACGGGUCGACAUUAUGUCAAAUAUGGAGGCAUCAAGAGAUCUGCCGAUACAGCAUGGCAAUGGUGAGUCCUUGGGAUAA